UUGAAAAGCAAAGUGCUACAAGAAAUUCAACAAAAAGUGGAAAAGCUACAAGUAGACGUUAAAAGAUUUGAUCAAAUUUCUACACUCGCUAGCUGUGAAGCUCGGAUUUCGGCGUUGGAGAAUGAAAUCAAGACCAACAAUAAGAAAUCUGAUGAGGACAAGGGUUUGAUGGGGCUUGUUGAAAGCUUUUUCACUAAUCUGUCCGAAGUCCAAAAGAGGAUCAAGGCGUAUGUCAAAGAGAAGAUUGGAAAGAAUAUGUCUGACAUGGAGAACUUCGUAAGGGAACAGAUGUUAAAGGAAAUGCAAGAGCGGCAGGAAGAUAAAUCUAAUAAUGUGAAUCUAUUGCGGGUAAAGAACUUCAAGAAGAAGGUUGAGAAGAUAAAGCUAGAGGGAGUGAAGCUACUAAAGGAAGCCAAGAAGGCUGCAAAGAACGUCCAAGCAAGCACAGCAAUGUUUUCCGUUCUUAUCGGAAGCUUCAUUAACUUACAAACGAUCAGGCAGAACCCUGAGUAUUACUGGUUGCUUAUUGUGUUGACUGUGACGAUGUUUUUUGGUACGUUGUUUAUCUCGUUCAUGUCUUUUACGGACCUAAAAAAGUAUGAAAAGAAGCUGCUAGCACUUGAAGAAAGUCAAGGUCCGGUGUAUGUAGCUGCCAACAAGUUUAUAAUCGAGUUAAAGACGCUGAUGCCAGAUCAGUCCACUCUGUUGUAUUGGACCUUCGAGAUUUCGAAUAGCUGACAGCCACGAGAGAAACCUAUGGCAAACUAUCAUUGUCAUACUGGUUUGCUUGGGGUAUAUUCAGCUUGUUUUCGCUGAUAAUUCCCGCACUAUUACUGAUUGAUAUCUUAAUAAACGCUAAAAUCCCACCAGCAGAUGGAGGUCAUUGCUGCUCAUGUACCAAGCAGAGCAUUCUAGAUAUUUGAUGAUGAGGUAUGAGGAUGCCAUUGUGGUGGAGAAUAAAGAAAGAGGCUGGAAGUAUCAAUUCUUUGGUCGGGUUCGUGCAGUGUUUGGGUUUGGAAUGAUUGGAUCUGCAGAAUGAUUUUUUUUUUCUAAUCUGAGAAGUACUCUGAACUCAGAUUGUUAUCAUUCUCGUGCGCAUUUUAUUGAUGUAGUGUGUUGCACUUUGUUUUACCCACUGUGCUUAACCAAAUGCAAGUGAACUUUACUGUUGAAAUAUCAUUACGCUCGUUCUUUCCUGUA